UCAACAAAAAGAUAACCUAACUCGCCGUGUACAGUGUAUUCGUAAAAUAUCCUAGAAAUACAAAGUAAUAAUCAAAUUUGCUAGAUACAUUAUGAAAAAUAUCGUAUGCCUUUAACACAACUUUAUGCCUUAAUUAGCAAUGUUCUAUGGGCUAUAUACCAAUAACUAAGAUAUAUAAAUAGUGCUUAAAGUUAUUCACCAUUUUUUAAGUUUGUUGCUAAGUUUGUAAGAAAAUGGGUAUCUUGGAAAAGAUAUCUGAAAUUGAGAAAGAAAUAGCAAGAACUCAAAAGAAUAAAGCUACUGAAUAUCACUUGGGCUUAUUGAAAGCUAAACUAGCAAAGUAUAGAUCUCAGUUGCUUGAGCCUUCAAAAAAAGGUGGUGACAAGGGAGAAGGGUUUGAUGUAUUAAAGUCAGGGGAUGCUAGAGUAGCCCUGAUUGGCUUUCCAUCUGUUGGUAAGUCAACUCUGCUGUCAACAUUAACUCAUACACACUCAGAAGCAGCAAGCUAUGAAUUUACAACCCUUACAUGUAUUCCUGGGGUCAUUGAGUAUAGGGGAGCUAACAUACAGUUGUUGGAUUUGCCUGGUAUCAUUGAAGGUGCUGCCCAAGGCAAGGGUAGAGGUAGACAGGUGAUAGCAGUAGCCCGUACUGCCGAUUUGGUGCUUAUGAUGUUAGAUGCAACAAAGCCUUAUGUGCAUAGACAACUUCUCGAGAGAGAGUUGGAGAGUGUUGGAAUUCGGCUGAACAAGAACAAACCUAAUAUUUAUUUCAAGGUAAAGAAAGGUGGAGGUUUAUCCUUUAACUCAACCUGCCAAUUGACCAAGGUGGAUGAAAAGAUGGUGCAAAUGAUUUUACAUGAAUAUAAAAUAUUUAAUGCAGAGGUGCUAUUCCGAGAAGACUGUACAGCUGAUGAACUUAUAGAUGUUAUUCUCGCAAAUCGAGUAUAUCUGCCCUGCAUUUACGUCUACAACAAGAUUGAUCAGAUAUCUAUACAAGAGGUUGACAGGAUAGCGAGGCAGCCUAACUCUAUAGUUGUCAGUUGUAACAUGAAGCUGAACUUGGACUUUCUAUUGGAGACACUGUGGGAAUAUCUCGCCCUCAUCCGAGUGUACACCAAGAAGCCAGGACAGCCACCAGACUUCGACGAUGGUCUUAUCUUGAGAAAGGGUGUUACAAUAGAACAUGUGUGCCAUUCUAUUCAUCGGACUUUGGCUGCUCAGCUCAAAUACGCGCUAGUUUGGGGCACUAGCACCAAAUACUCUCCCCAACGCGUGGGAAUCCACCACACCGUUCAAGAUGAGGAUGUUGUGCAGCUCAUCAAAAAGUAACACCAUGUAUACUGCCCCUGUAAGUUUGGGCGCUUGGGGGUUGCCUUUAAAUAUUAUUUUAUGCUAACUUUUGCGGAAUUUAAAUAUAUUCAAAAAAAAAUCAA